AGUUGGUGGCGGUAAUGCGCCAAUUCAUCGUUUGCCAACCGCCACUACACCUCAAAGAAGAAGAAGAAGGUUUCGCGUGCCGGAUGUUGUGCUUGUUAUGAUCGGCAGCGCUAAGUACCCGGAUGUCGAUGGAGGACGUUAGUAGCCUGCCAGCCGUUUGACAGAUCGUUUUUUGUUUUUUUUAAUAAAUCAUGGCCGAAGCUUCGCCAGAAUGAUGGAGGGGUUUGUUUCUAAGCGCGCACGGCUCGUUCGGUUGUAAUAAUACUAUGAGUGAGGAGCGGAGGACCGAGGCUAUCGUUAGCUGCUGCCAGGAUGGAGGCAUCAGAGUAGUGUAAAAAAAGUAUUUCAAUCGGCUCAGGCACCGAAAGGAAGCACCGAAAUCUGCGUUGCGUUUCGGUCCGGUAGAUACCGGUCGUAUAGGUACCGGUGCCAUGCCGGCACCGGGUUUCGGUACCCAACCCUACAUGCGCACUGGUUAACUCAGUACUUAACAGUUAUUGCACUGUAUUCUGAGUUUUAUUCACAAAAAUGUUGAAUCCGAAAAAAUGCAGAAAGAAACUCGGAUUCCAAUGUUUGGUUGUGAUUCAGAGUGGUGGUGUACCAAACAGUGUGAAUGUUGGUGUGUUUCAGGUGGAGCAGUCCAAAGUGCUGGUAAAGGAAGGAGGAGUCCAGCUGACACUCACCAUCGUCGAUACUCCGGGUUUUGGAGAUGCAGUGGAUAACAGUAACUGUUGGCAGCCAGUCAUAAACUACAUUGACAGCAAGUGCGAGGACUUCCUGAACGCCGAAUCAAGAGUGAACCGCAGGUCCAUGCCGGACAACCGAGUCCACUGCUGCCUGUACUUCAUAGGGCCCUCUGGACACGGGUAGGUCUGCAUGAGACGAAGGUGUGAUAACAUGAGAUGGAUUUCACAUAAAGUAAGAUCAGACAGCAUAAGGCAAUGAGAUAAGAUGCUCAAAACAGGACACAGUGUUCAUAUCAUUGCGUUCCCCUCCAUGCCACAUGUUUGAAAAAUAGAAUAUAUUGACCAUAUUUUGACCAUUUCAGACGUAAAGUUUUCAGUUUGUCUGUGUAAAAUAUUUAACUUAUAAUAUUGGCUAUAAUUUACUCUGUGAAAUAGUAGGUUUUAACAGUUGAAAAAAAGAGCCUUUUGGCUAACGCUGACACAUUUACAGUGAAAAUUUAAAAAACAUUUACGCAUCCGGCAAACACAGCAACAUUAGCGUUUGUUUAAAGUCAUGUUUCUGACCACCUGAUGAAUCUCAGUCCGAUAUUCACUCUCCUUUUUACUCUGUUUUGGCCUCCUCCAACUCCCGACAAUCAGCUAGUUGUUCACUUUGAUUUGUUCAAGGCUUUGUUAGAGCUCAUUUGUGGAAAAUAGCUAUUGCUGGAAACUAUACUGAUAAGAAGCAGUGAGCGUGAAUCAAAACGGUAAAGUAAGGGGCAGUAAAAUAACCAAAACAAUGGUGAUUCGACAGACGCCUAAUCGCUGAGGUCAACAAUAGAGUCGGGUGAUAAUUCUCUGCGGUGGACUGUCAUGACGUCACCCGUUGGUUUGCUGACUGCGGUUUUUG